UAUCCUGCCUGGCAGGUAUCGAUUUGGGCAAUUAUUUCCUCUGCUAGGGAGCACAGUCUCAAGCCGGCUGUCAUUAGACGUUUUUCUGGACUUCUAUAUGGUAGUUAUACCGGAACAGCAUUGGCAAUCUUUUUAUGCAAAUCCGAGGGAAAUUUGAUGGAAAAUCUGCAAAGAGCCGCUAACAUGGUCGCUGGCAAAGUAAUCGUUUAUGGUGGACGCGGUGCCCUAGGUACAAGUGUUGUUGAGCAUUUCAAGAAAAAUAAUUUUUGGACUCUUAGCAUAGACCUGGCCGCCAAUGAUGCUGCGGAUGCCAAUGUAACUGUAGAUUCUAAGGAUGACUGGGUAACUCAGGAAAAUACCAUAUUGAAGGGCGUUGCCGCAGCUGUCGAUUCACCUGUGGACGGCAUUUUCUGUGUAGCCGGUGGCUGGGCCGGUGGUAAUGCCGAUAGCAACGAUUUCAUUUCAAAUGCUGAUCUUAUGUGGAAGCAAUCCGUAUGGUCCAGCGCUAUCGCGGCCCGAGUCGCAGCAAAACACCUGAAACCAGGCGGCCUUCUACAGUUUACUGGUGCUUUGGCGGCCACUCACGGUACUCCAGGAAUGAUUGCAUACGGUAUGGCAAAGGCUGCUGUACAUCAGCUUACAACUUCCCUUGCUGGCAAAGAUUCGGGUCUACCCGUAAACUCCUGCGUUUUAGCGCUUCUGCCCAUCACUUUAGAUACACCUAUGAAUAGAAAGUGGAUGCCAAAAGCCGAUCAUUCAUCAUGGACACCAAUGCCUUGGAUUGCUGAAAGACUUUUGGAAUGGACCGUAGAUGAGGCCAAACGGCCGGACAGCGGUUCUCUUUUGAAAGUAAAGACAACCGGUGGAGUCACAGAAAUGAGCAAAAUCUGAAUUUUUGUCAAAGAAGUUAUCGCGCGC